AGAGAGAAGGCGGGAUUUAGGAGGCACCGCUGGGGUGAUCAAGGCACUGCCAUACAUGGUUGUCGGAAAAACGGAACGGUAGAAAAGUGGAGAUAGGCCAAAAUGAAUGGGACAGCUUAUUCCAACUUUGACAAUCAAGAUCAUGUCCUGAAACUGGGGGAGACUUUUGAGAAACACCCGAAGAGUGCCUUCCACACAGUGCGAUAUGAUUUUAAACCAGCUUCUAUCGACACAGCAUGUGAAGGGGAGCUGGAAGUUGGCAAAGGAGAGCAAGUCACUAUUACUUUACCCAACUUAGAGGGUUCAAGUGCUCCAGUAACAGUUUUUAAAGGAUCCAAGAGGCCUUACAUGAAAGAGUGCAUCCUUAUUGUCAACCAUGACACAGGAGAAUACAGACUGGAAAAACUCAACAGUAACAUAGCUGUGAAAAAGACCAGAGCUGAAGGUAGCAGCAAAAUUCAUUCCCGCCUGGAGCAACAGACGAGUCGCCUGAGUCAACAGAUGAAGAGCAACAACCACCAGAGUAGCAGCAAGUCAUCAGCCAGCUCCAAGAGUUCUCCCCCGAAGGAGAAGACCUCCCCUGCCUCCCCAAUGGAUGACAUUGAGAAAGAACUGAUGGCUGAGGCACAGGUCAUGGAUCAGCUGAGCAGCAAUGACAGCUCUUCCAACAACAGUUCCUCGUCCUCCAGCAGCGAUGACAGCUCCAGCAGCAGUGACUCAGAGGACGAACGCACCUCAGCACUGCCUCCAGCGAACCACAGCAUGCCAGUCAUCAGCACCAGCAGCCACCACCAGGAAAGUGGAGGACUAAUGAACACGCUGAAGAAUGACCUACAGCUGAGUGAAUCAGGAAGUGAAAGUGACUGAACAACAAGAACAAGCCUGGACACCUGGGGACAAGUUGGGGGUUUCAAGAGAAGACUACAGAAACCCCAGCACAAAGACCUGACAAUGUCUUACUCCCUUAAUAGACCUUCAUUACAUAUCCACAAUUCUUUUAGAAAGUAUAAUUUCUUGCACCUAUAUCAGCAAGCUUAAAAUAAGUCUUAUUUAUCACUCUUUAUUUUUGUAUGUAAAGACUAUGCAUUGAAGUGAUGCCUUAUUUCAGACUGACAGGAUGUAGCCGUUGUAACAGAAACGGUAAAUGUAGACUUCAAGUUCAUCUGAGCCUGACGUGGUGUUCAUGUCGUGUAGAUGGAGGUUUCUGUCCUUCACCCAGUCGCCUCAAGACCAGUUCCUACAUCUCAGCUCAAUUAUUGAUUGGCAAAGGAGAAGUCAGGUGAUGUCAAAUAACAUCUGUUCUUCUGACGCUUCGCUGCCUUAGCUUUGUAUAUUGAGAUAAAACUUAAACCUAUGUUGAAGAGCCUCUAUUUAGAGUUUAUGGUGAAUCUAAAUUCAGCAUUCUAUAUUUCAGUCAAACAGUGUGUAGUGCACUAGUACUCAUUUGAUUGAGGAAGUCAUGCUUUGUAGCUUUGAACCUGCAAUACUUGAAUCUAUUUAUAUUUCAAAGUAUAGUUGACCAAUGGUGAAUAGCUUAAUAUAUUUUAUAUCUAUUUUAAUAGCCAAUCAAAUGAAAGAACAGAUCAACAGGAACUAACUGUGAUAACAGAGAUGGUUUAAUACUGCACUUCACUUUAGAGUCUUACUGAACAUUAUUUGCCUUUUGUUAUUUUUCUCUUAAGGAGCCGUGUUGUAUGUGGUAUAUAGCUUUAUCACAAACCCUAUGUUAGUGCUGACAUGUCUGAAAUCCAUAGACUGUGUAUAAAAAAAUGGAGUGAUCGUCUAGUUUUAUUACUAAGUGGACUUAUGAUGACCCAACAACAGAGACACCACGAUACUUUUAAAGCUUUUAUGGAACUUAAGCAGCUAAUGUUUAUCAACUCCUUAAUAAGACACAAGGUUCCAUCUACUAUAGUGCUUUAUCUUCUUAUUCCCUAUCAAUGCAAUCACACCAUACACAUCUGCAUCUCAUGUCGUACUACACAAGACCUGACACUAGUGGUUGAGACCAUAACACCUCUGGUAAAUGUUUAUGGACAAUAUUAUUUGAGAUUUUUUUUUUUCAUUCAGAUACCUGGGCUUAUAUCAGUUUAUUAUACGCAGUCUAUGGUUAGUACUCAGAAGGCUAAAACUGCACUCUUUGUUGCAGCAUUUCUUUAGUAUAAGACUGAAAUGGUUACCUUUGAAACACAGUUUAGCUUUAGAGUGGCAGCCUCUGAUUGUGAUUUGUAAAGAACCGGAAAAGAAUUUCUGUUUUGAGAAUAAAUAUUUUAAAUGUG